GAAGUUUAGAUGAUGUCAUGGGAUCUGAAGAGCGAGAUGAAAGGGAUAGACUGUAACCCCUGGCGCUGAGAAGUGCUUCACACACACAUACACACACACACACACACAGAGCCUUGGAACUCCCAAACACUUAAGAGCCGCAGCGAUUAGACUCAGAUAAAACAUCACAGGGCGCAGGAAGGCUGCUACGGCUCGCUUGCUUUUUUCGGAUUGCUAGGGACAAGAAAAGGGAUCGGCAUCCGAGAGAAAAGGAACCGACUUUCGAGCCCUGUUUGUUGAUGAGAAAGCCGAGGUAGAUCUCCGCGGAGAUACUUUGUACCGCAGGAAUGAGAGUCGGGAUGUCCCACAAACAACAAGGCAUAUUGCAACACCUGCUGAUCGCUUUUUGUCUGAUUCACGGAGCUGCAGGCGAGACAGGAGACUGCCGGGAGCAGGAGUACAGAGACCAAGCUGGAAACUGUGUGGCCUGCAAACAGUGUGGUCCAGGGCAGGAACUCUCAAAGGAAUGUGGGUUUGGAUAUGGGGAUGAUGGACAGUGCGUGACCUGCAGGCCAAGCAGGUUCAAGGAAGACUGGGGAUUUCAAAAGUGUAAGCCAUGCUUGGACUGUGCUCUCGUAAACCGCAUCCAAAAGGCCAACUGCACAGCCACCAGUAAUGCUGUGUGUGGAGACUGCUUGUCGGGAUUUUAUAGAAAGACCAAAUUGGGUGGUUUUCAGGAAAUGGAGUGCAUUCCAUGUGGGGACCCUCCUCCUCCUUAUGAGCCUCACUGUAGCACUAGAGUAAACCUGGUGAAGAUCCCAUCGACUGCCUCCAGCCCACGUGACACUGCAUUAGCGGCUGUGAUAUGCAGUGCUUUGGCUAUGGUUUUGCUGGCUCUCCUUAUCCUAUGCAUCAUCUACUGCAAGAAGCAAUUUAUGGAGAAAAAACCCAGUUGGUCAAUGAGACUACAGGAUGCUCAGUUAAAUGGGGCGGAACUGUCAUCCCUUGACAGGCAGAGGAUUAAUCUGAGUCCACACACAACUUGCACACACUGUCAACAAGGUCCAGCACAGGCUUGUGGGCCUGUUCACCUGGUUCCAUCUUGUUGUUUUGAUGAUACCUGCAGUCUGGAGUACAGUAGUGAGAGCUCCUACCCUCCUUCUGGAUCAGUGAAUAUUAAAAGGAACAUGGAAUGUGGUGGAGAAAUGCUGCCUUCUCUCCUUGAUGUCUUUACACCCUCUUUUGGUGGGGAUGCCUCAGAAGCCUGGCCUCUAAUGGGAGACUCCGCCUGCAGUGAUGCUGGCUCUUUUUGUGAAUCUCUUAACCCAUCAAACUCUGAGGAUUCUCCAGAGGACAUUACUGCUCAUAGCCCACAGUCAGAAACCCCAAUAAUCCCAUCUUCAGAUACAUACCCAAGACAGGAGGAUCAAUGUGAGUGUCCUUGUCGGCAAUCCCUUUCAGUGGAGCUAAUUGGAACUGCAGUAGUGCUCGAAAAGCAAGAAGGUGCAUUAGACCUAGGAGAUCUCCCAUCAUUAAACAAUGGAGACCAAGAGCAGCACCAAAUGGAGAGCAAUGCUAAGCAAAUUUCAAAUGAAGAAGUUGGGAAUUGUGUCUAGAACAUAUCUUGACGGUGCCAGAGGAAUGUCUCUGUUUUUAUCCUUCUCUGUUGACUCUCUCAAGCUAAAGAUACAUCCUGCUGAGGCCUGACAUCUCAGGAUCUUACAGUUUUCCUAGCUGAACUAUGGCAAGUUGUGUGCUACAUCAAUCGGUCUGUGUUCAUCGCAGGCAGGAAACACAUUCAAGUGAAUAUAUGCUUCAUUUUAAGCAGCAGUCUAUUUCUACCACUUGUGAUUUACUAUUUGCUUUUUUUGUAUGAAACAUUUGGCACCUUGUUUAAAGUUAUUGGGAGGAAUGUUUACGGCUGCAAAGGCAGCAAUGAAGAACUCUGUCAAAACGUCAUUGUGAUCAAACUGCUAAAGGAUUUCCAAAGAUAAAUGAUGAGAGAGAUCCAUGGUUCAGUCAGCAACCUGUGUGAUAAAGCUCUCACUGUUGUUAGCUCUUAUAAGUGAAAUUGAAGCAUUAAUAACUAUAGCCAUAGACACAGCCUGCAGAAGAUUGUGAGAAAUGGUAUUCCACAAAAAUGAUUUUAAUUCAUUAGGUAUCCAACUAUAAAUCUUUGUUAUUAAAGCUUUAGGAAACACAGUUGUACACUCUAAUGUGUUUUUUUUAGAAAAUUGCCACUGUACAUUGCAGAGAAUGAUUUUUUUUAAGUAUUAAUAAUUAUAAAUGAAGAAGGUAGCCAUUUAUAUUGUGUUCCGCCUCUGCCAUUGUACUACCACAGUAUGUCAACAAAAAACUGUUACGAUGAAUGAUGCAUUUAUCAUUCUCCUUGCUGAGGGAAGCUAGAUUGAUCUGGCUGAUAGUGUACUAAACAUUGGAACAAUGUGGAGGUAGAACUGAAUGACUUCAGUUUAUACAUGUUAGUGCAUGCUAUGAGUGGCCAGAAGAUAUGUUUGCUCAUCAUACAAUGUUCAACUUCUCUUCAAAGGGUUGGAUAACUUUCAGUUAAAUCACUUCAUUUGAGGGAUUGUGACAUUGUUUAUUAAUAAUAAAGGUUGAACUUUGGUGCUCAUAUACAAUUUAUUUUUAAAAAUUGGUUAACAGUACAGCUGAGUAGAGUAGAUUUCAAGAUCUCCUUCUUUAACUAAUGGCUAUACACUCAAUAAACUAUAGGAAAUCACAUAAUACAA